AUGUCCAAAGGAUUCUCUAGCGAAUUGACAGUGGGAGACAGUAGUGACGGUGAGGUUGAUGAAAGCUUGAUCAUCAACGAUGAAGUGGCAAAUAAUACUAAUAAUACCCAAAGCGGUAAACUCUCGGUCCCUCCUACCGAUCACGUGAGAAGAAAACGACGUGGAGCCAUGGCCGCCGAAAAGGCUGCCGAAUCCAUCUACGAAGGACAUCUUUCCUCUGCUAGCUGGGUAGCCGAAACAUCCAAGGUGAAAGAUAUUCCAAAGUUUGAUACCAGUGAACUCAAGACAGGAUCCGAACUGGGCUCUGGAUGCUUUGGAUCAGUCUGGGAAGUAAAAGGGUUUGAUCUUCAUGGAGAAAGUAAUAAUAACAAUAGUGAAGGAGCCAACCCAAUACUUCGAUGGCCCAAACUGAAAAAGGAAGACCCGAAAAAGGAUGUAGAAGUGGAUUCCGAUGAAAUUGAAUCUCGUAAUUUCAUUGCCAAACACUGUUAUCGGAAGAAUGGUGAUGCUCGAUAUGCUUUGAAGAAAUUGAAACCUGGAACUGUCGAAGACGAACUUGGAUUUAUCAAUGGCAUGAACGACUUGGCAAACGAAACGCUAUUUUUGUCAAGUUUGUUAAAUCAUCCCAAUGUGAUCAAGCUUCGUGGAAUCGCCAUGGCAUCCAUGUUCAGCGAGGAUUACUUUGUCGUGCUGGAUCGAUUGUACGAUACUCUGCAUACUCGAAUCCUCAAGUGGAAGAAGAAACGAAAGCGAGCCAAUGGCCUGAAUGCUGGACCCAUGUUUAGGGAUCGUCGUCGGGCUGUCAAGGAACAAAUGCUAGAAGAAAAAAUGAAGUACGCCAUGGAUCUGGUCGCAGCCAUUGCUUACAUUCACGAACACCGCAUUAUGCACCGAGAUCUCAAACCGGACAAUAUUGGAUUCGAUGUCCGCAAUGACAUUAAAGUAUUCGAUUUUGGAUUGGCCCGAGAAUUGCCACCACCCAAGACCAAUUCACCGGACGAGUCCUUUCACUUUACAGCAGCGGGAUCUCCACGAUACAUGGCACCUGAAAUUGGAAAUGGUGAACCAUACAAUCAAGCUUGUGAUAUUUACAGUUUUGCCUUGGUCUUUUGGGAAAUGCUCCACAUGUCGCGGCCAUAUCCCAAGCAAACCAAGGUGGUGCUGUUGCAAGAGAAUGUAUGGUCUCCCUCUGGACGCCAAAUGCGCCCAGCCGUGUCGCCGAAAACGGCCCCCAACGUUCAAAAGAUCCUACAUCAAUCUUGGCAUGUCGACCCGGCCACCCGCCCCAAGGCUCCCCAGUUACUCAAUUCUCUGAAACAAGAAUGUCUCAAAAUACGAGCCAGUAUGCGGGUGAGUCAUGCCGCCCGUCGUUCCACCUUUGUCUUUGGCCACGAAGAAGAAGAUGAUAGCAGCAACAGGGAUUAUACCGGCAAAUCCUCGAAUGGUUAUUACGAUGAGAGUGAAUACAAUAAUAUUGCCGAGGAGGAUGAGGAAGACUACGAUGAGUCCGAGAAUACAAAUUAA